AUGAGCUACUACGGCAACUACCUUGGAGGUCUGGGCUAUGGCUAUGGAGGCUUUGGCAGCCGGGGCUAUGGCUGUGGCUGUGGCAGCUUCCGUAGACUGGGUUAUGGAUGCGGAUACAGAGGCUAUGGAUACAGCUCUGGCUUUGGAGGCUACAGAUAUGGCUGCUACCGCCCGUCUUACUAUGGAGGAUAUGGACUCUCUGGCUUCUACUGA